CAGUCAGAGCCCAAAAUCUGGGAUGGGUCUUCCAUUCAGAGCUCUGGCCCUCCUACUUUUACAACUUCUGUUUCUCUGUUUACUACAAACUGCAAGAGCUGAGGAUCUCUACAACAUAAGCAAUGUGGGAAGUAGGAAGCAGGAGAGGGCGUGCAAUUUGUUUCAGGGAAGAUGGGUUUUUGAUCCUUCUUUACCUCUUUAUGAAUCUUCAAGCUGUCCCUUCAUAGACCCUGAGUUUAACUGCCAAAAGUAUGGCAGACCAGAUCGAUCCUACCUCAACUACAUUUGGAAACCAGACUUGUGUGAUCUUCCAAGGUUUGACGGGUUGGAGCUUCUGAGGCGGUGGAGAGGGAAGAAGAUAAUGUUUGUAGGCGACUCACUGAGUCUCAACAUGUGGCAGUCCUUAACAUGUAUGAUUCUAGCGUCGGCGCCAAAAGCCAAAACCUCCAUAGUCAGGCGGGACUCACUCUCUACUGUGAUCUUCCAGGACUAUGGAGUAAGCGUGCUUCUUCACAGAACGCCCUACCUCGUAGACGUAGUCAAAGAGAGGGUUGGAAGAGUACUAAAGCUUGAUUCCAUUGAAGGAGGCAGUGUGUGGAAGGGAAUGGAUGUGCUCAUAUUCAACUCCUGGCAUUGGUGGACGCACACUGGGAGAUCCCAGCCGUGGGAUUAUGUGCAAGUAGGAAAUACAGUAAAGAAAGAUAUGAACCGUCUAGAGGCAUUCUAUCAAGGGUUGACCACCUGGGCAAGAUGGGUGGAAAUGAACGUUGAUCCCAGUAAAACCAGUGUCAUUUUCCAGGGAAUCUCCCCCACUCAUUAUGAGGGAAAGGAUUGGAACCAACCAAGAAGGAGUUGCAAUGGAGAAAGCGUACCGCUGUCGGGGUCACUGUAUCCAGCAGGGACGCCACCCGCAGCAGAAAUUGCGAAGAGAGUGCUGAGUAGAAUGAGAACCCCAGUUUACUUGCUAGACAUCACAACGUUGUCGCAACUGCGGAAAGAUUCACAUCCCUCUAUUUACAGCGGGGAGCACGCAGGAACAGAUUGCAGCCACUGGUGCCUUCCCGGUUUGCCCGACACUUGGAACCAGCUUCUCUAUGCAGCUUUCACCGUGUGAAGGUCGAUCAAGUUCUUUUGCAGCCACAGGAACAGAUUGCAGAUAGAACUUCCUUCAUUUCAUUAACCACCUUAACGGCAAUUCAAAGCAAGAAAUGUAAUGGCAACAAAGCAAUUGUAUAAAGUAAUUGAUGAUUUUA